AUUCCAAAUUCCUCAAAAUUUUGAUAAUUUCUUCACUUCACUGCCCUUCGUUGUUUACCCUAAUCAUUUCUUCCUCUUCCUCGCCACGAAUCUCUCCUUCAUUCAGAUCCGAAGGUUAGGGAAGGACGGGCGUUGAAAAAAAUGUGUCCGCUGAGAUUUAUUCUCAUAUUUCUCUCAGCGACUCUUGCCGGCUUCUUUGUUCUCCGGAACCUCAAAUCUCAGCCUCAAGAUUUCGAGGCCGACGAUAAUUCCGAGACCCACUCCAACGAUGUGUCUACCAAUUCGACCUCCUCCUCCUCCUCCUCCUCCUCCUUCUCCAAGGUGUCCUCGGCAAUGCAAUCGGGAUUCUGGACGGUGGUCGACAUGGCCAGCGGCCGCUACUUGUGGAGGCAUCUGAUGCCCUCGUCGAAGAAGCCUUCCAAUUGAUGCGACUGUUUCGGGCUAGGGCUUCUGUAUUGUUCGGGUUUCCUAUAUAUCGUUGGAUACUUCUCCUCUUGUAUUCCCUUCGAGUUGAUUUUGUAAAACGUCCGUAAGUCUGUAACAGAGACACUCAAGCGUUGAGAAAUGUGCCCAAUCGCAAUCGCAAUCGCUUCUGAUAUCAAUUAAGAUUUCCGAGUU